AUGAUGAUCGAAGUUCUCGAUGAAGAAAUACUAGAUGAGAAUGCUGAUGACGAAAAAUGUGUGGUUAAAGAAGAAAUUGGUGAUAUUUUCGAGGGUGACGUUCAAAAUGAUGAUAACGUCUUCCAAGAAGUGCAAAUAGAAAAUGAUGAUAGCCAAAUGAUCCCAUUGAAAGAUGCAGAUGAUGAAUCUAUACAGUACUAUUUUGUAGAUGAAGAAAAUCAAGUAAAGUAUGAUGCAGUACACGAUGGUGUCAAGCAAAAUAAAGAUGAACUUAAAGAUCAGAAACAUGAGACUAAUAUUGAUACUAAUGAUAAUAAUCAUGAAGUAAACGAUGAUAAUGUUGAAUUUGAUGAUGAGUAUCAUGAAAUAAAAGAUGAACACGAGUUUAUUGAUGAUGGUGAAAUAAUAUAUGAAGAAUAUAUAGAAAACGAUGAUACUUAUAUGGAGCAAGAUGAUACACAGAACAGAAUGGAGCAGAAUGUAUUUUCAGAGUUCGGGAUGAAUACAGAACAAACCUUAUCAUAUGAUGAAUCUGAAGACGAGCCCAAACUGCGCGUGUAUGAUGAUGAAACAAAAAACACAUUUACAGAGGUUCCCGUAACAGACGUCAUAGUUUAUUCUGGCGAAAUGAAAGAAACAGAGAUGGCAAAUAUAGACAAUAAGGUUGAGAAGAAGAGGAAAGAGACAAAAGAGAAGAAAGAAAAAAACAAAUCGAGUGAUAUGAGCACGUUUAUUGUUAAGCUUCUUAGUUAUGUUGAAACAUAUUUAUAG